AUGCCAGUUAUAGAGGAGAUUGAAGAUAUCGAUGAUAUCGAUAAUUUAGAUAUGGAUCUUGCCCAAUUGGACGCCUCUUUAAAGACACCAGUGGCUCCCAAGAUCGUACCUACAGUAGUGAGAAGUCAAGAUGAAGAGGAACAAAAGCAGCAGCAACAGCUAAGUGGUACCUCAAGUCAGGAGGGUGGUGCUGGAUUUAGUUUUAUCGACUCAGAGACGGGUAAAGUUGAGAAGAGCCAUGCUCUAUCGAAGGCAGAGUUGGAUGAGAUUAAGGAAUUCCAAAUGUUGUAUCCAUGUUAUUUCGAUGCUAGAAGAAGUCAUGCUCAGGGUAGACGGGCACCAGUAGAGCUGUGUGUUGAGAAUCCUGUGGCCAAAACGAUAGCUGAUGCGGCUAGAUCGCUGGGCAUUCCAUCUAUUUUCGAAGGAAGUAAGACACAUCCUCAGGAUUUCGGUAACCCCGGCAGAGUGCGCGUGUUAAUCAAAAGUGAAGGCAAGCCAUUUGUAAAUGAUAUUCCUAAUAAGAGGGUUCUUAUGAAACGUAUUGGUGAGUAUCUAAAGCGUCAUCCUACCACCUUAGCAGGGGUUAAACAACUACCCUACGGUCACGAAUUUGACGAAGUGCAGCCAAGUAAGAUUCCGUUGUUGAAGGGAACGCCAAUGAACGAUAUUGUUCCUCUACAUAGUCCAUUUUUGAUGAAACAUCCGAUGACAAAGUCAUUAUACGAUGCACCUCCUCCAUCGCAGCAGAUAGGUGCUGGUGCCGCAGGUGGUGCUUCCGAGAAGCAGAUGAAGGCACCAAAGAAUAAAUUCCGUGUAGUAAGACGUUAA